AUGAAAAUCUACAUCUGUACAUUCAACGCGUGCGCAUAUUUGAUAUUUUGUAAGCAUACAGUUCUGUGUACAUUAGAUCUGUAAAGUGAAGAUAUUUAGUUUAAAUAAUUCUUUAGUACAAUUCAUUUUUAUCAUUAAACAUGUCUGCUAAAUCUAAAGCAUUUACUAAAGAAGAAGAAUUACUUCUUCAAGAUUUCUCACGAAAUGUAUCAACAAAAUCAUCAGCAUUAUUUUAUGGCAAUGCGUUCAUCGUUUCUGCUAUUCCAAUAUGGCUUUUCUGGAGAAUACAUCUAAUUGACCUAUACUCAAAUAUUUUCUCCUUUGUAUUUAUAACAAUAUUCAGUACUUAUGGUUUAGCUCUUGCUUACAAGAACACAAAAUUUGUCCUCAAACAUAAGAUUGCUGUGAAAAGAGAAGAUGCUGUGACCCAAGAAAUGAACAGAAAACUAUCAGAAGAUAAGAAAAUGAGUAAGAAAGAGAAAGAUGAGAGAAUAUUAUGGAAAAAGAAUGAAGUGGCUGAUUAUGAAGCUACAACAUUCUCUAUUUUCUACAACAAUGCACUGUUUUUGGCAAUUGUUAUUUUCUGUUCUUUUUAUAUUUUAAAAACAUUCAAUCCUGCUUUCAACUAUGUUUUAUCAGUUGGAGCAACAAGUGCAUUUUUAGCUCUUCUUUCCACUGGAUCACAAUAGUAAUGUUUUUAUUAAUUAUUAUCAUUAGUUUUCUAUCAAUUUGUAUUUAUUCGAAUAAUACAACAGUAAUUAACAUGUUAUCGACAAGUUUAUUUACUGUUUGACAAUAAAAAGAACUGGAUUAUGAUUAUUUUAUAAAUAAGAGUUUAAUGAUAUUAAUUUGAAUAUAAGUCGUAUUUACGAACUAUAAAUAUUAGAAUUCUAAUCAAGCAUUUAUAUAUGCUAACUAAAUUCCUGCUCUCCAUGAAGCAUCUUUGCCAAAUUCAUCUGUCAACAAACAACCAAAUGAACACCUGUAGAUGUUUUCAAAGACUCAGGCCAAAUAGUUAAUUGUAAAUUUCCCGAUCUACGACAGAAUUUCUAAAGUUAUAUCUUGUGGCGUAUUUGCUAUUUUUAUAAUAUGCUGUUUUUCUGAAAAGUUAUACUUUUUAACAUCAAAGUGAAUAACAAUUACAUGCUAAUACUUUAAUAUUUAAUUGGGUCAUUUGAAAUUUUUCAUAUUUAUUUAAAAAUAAAUCACGAGACUCACGUGUUUGGAUUGACUCCAAAUGAAUUUAUCGCCAAAUUUCAUCUUUUAUGUACUAAAUUUUACAAUUAAUCAUCAAUAAAUCAUAUCACUUAUCUAUUCAAAUUAUGAAUUACUCAUUCAUUUAAGCUAUUCAAUAUCAGAUGAUGUUUACCAUAAAAU